AUGAGCUACAAAGAGCUGACAUCUGCAUUAAGUGAUAGAUUUGCUCCACCAGAUCAAGUAGAUUUGUAUAGAGCUCAACUGAGAGAGCGAAGACAGAGAGCGUCAGAAUCCUUGCCAGAGCUUGGUCAACAAAUCAGGCGUCUUGUGAACUUGGCAUAUCCUACAGUACCUGCAGAUGUAAAGGAAACUCUAGCUAAGGACCAUUUCAUUGAUGCCUUAGCUAUAUCUGAUAUUCGGUUGAGAAUCAAGCAAGCCAGACCAAAGAAUUUAAAUGAGGCUGUAAGAAAUGCAAUCGAACUAGAGGCUUUCCUGAAAACUGAACAAAGAUUAGGAGACAAACGGACAAAGAAACCUGAAUGGAAGAAAAACGCUACUUGUUAUAACUGUGGCAAGAGGGGACAUCUGAAAAAGGAAUGUCGCUCAAAACAGAAUCCCCAGAAUGUCAAUAAAAACCAUGCAGUGCAGAGAGGAACAAAACAAACAAAAGAGUCAUGCAAAACGGAGUCUCCUGAAAAAGUAGGGAUUACUGGGGAUGCUGGUAUUUUUGUUAAAGCAUCUAUUGAUGGUUUUGAUUUAAACAUAUUGGUUGACACAGGAGCUACACUGUCUCUUUUGGCUAAACAUGUAUAUGAUAAAAUUCUCGAAAGCAACAGCUCACUUGAAACUUUAAAGAAAGUCAGCCAGCCAGUGCUAUCAGCAAGGAAUGACCCUCUUACGAUUUAUGGGAAACUCAAUGUCCCAAUCCUUAUAAAUAACAUUUUGUAUAGCACCGAAGUUGUUCUUACAGAGUUGACUGUCGAUGUAAUUUUGGGGUUAGACUUUUUGAUCGGAAACAAAUGUGUUGUCGAUUUAACAACGCAGAUUUUGGAAGUAAAUGGGAAACCCUCACCUUUGAAUAAAGCGGGUCAUAUUGGAUGUUACCGUGUUGCUGUAGCAAAAACCAUUCAUAUACCACCUAGGUCUGAAAUUGUCACGAAUUGCAACGUGUGCAUACCUGACAAGGAGCCAUUGCCAAGAGGUUUAGGGAUACUAGAAGGCGAUAAAGAUUUUCUGAAAUCUGAAAGAGGGAUAAUUGGCAAGGUGCUUGUCACAAACCGAAACUCCGUUCCUUGUCGACUGAUGAAUCCUAGUCCAGAUGUACAAGUCAUUCAUAGUGGAACUGUUGUUGCAAAGAACUAA